AUCGUUAGUCAGUGAGAGGCGCGGGCGUCGAAUAGCCGACUCCACCGCCCAUGAGUGCAGUUAAAAUUAACACCACAGUGUACGUAAUACGACAUACAAUCGUGUGAUGGAGGAGAGCACGGUUAGCGACGAUUUGAAGCGUCAAGCCGCUAUGUUCUACAACUCCACAGAAAGUGGACGCGAGCGCAAGGAGUACACGGACAAGAUAUCAUGGCGGUUCUGGCGGCGGCGGCGGCUGGUGGUGGCGCUGCUGGCCUUCUUCGGGUUCUUCAAUGUGUACGCGCUGCGUGUCAACCUGUCCGUCGCCGUGGUCGCCAUGACCGAGCCCGUGCCUACCGAGCUGGAGAAUGGCACGAUGGUUUAUGUCCCAGAGUUCGACUGGUCGCCGCAGACCAAGGGUCUGGUGCUGAGCUCCUUCUUCUACGGGUACCUGGUGACGCAGCUGCCGGGGGGCUGGCUCGCCGCUAAAAUAGGAGGUAACAGGCUGUUCGCGAUAGGCGUCGGCGCGACGUCCCUGCUGACGCUGUUCACGCCGCCGCUGGCUCACACAAGCACCGGCCUGCUCGUCACCGUGCGCGUCGUCGAGGGACUGUUCGAGGGUGUAACAUACCCGUGCAUCCACGCGGUCUGGUCGCGUUGGGCGCCGCACGACGAGCGCACGCGGCUCGCGACGUUCGCGUUCAGCGGCAGCUACGUCGGCACCGUGGUCUCCAUGCCCGUCUGCUCCAUGCUCACCAAGUAUACGGGCUGGCCGGGGAUCUUCUAUGUGUUCGGUAUAAUGGGCCUCGUUUGGACAACGGUAUGGUGGCUCAUCGUGAAGGAAUCUCCGGAGAAAGACCCUCAUAUCACAGCAGGAGAAUUAAGAUACAUACAGGAGACGCGCGGCACAAUGGCAGUAGAGGGAUCCAAGAUCCGUCACCCGUGGUGCGCCAUGCUGCGGUCGGCGCCGGUGUGGGCGAUAGUGAUGGCGCACUUCAGCGAGAACUGGGGCUUCUACACGCUGCUCACCUUCCUGCCCACCUUCAUGCAAGACGUAUUCGGCUACGAGACGUCAUCCACGGGCUGGGUAUCAGCUGUCCCAUAUCUGGCGAUGUCAGUGGUGUUGCAAGUAGCCGGCCACAUGGCGGACUGGCUGCUCAAGAUGGACCUAAUGACGAUCACGAAUAUACGGAAACUGUUCAAUUGCGGGGCGUUCUUGGCACAGACAAUCUUCAUGAUAGCGGCGGCGUACUCGAGCACGGUGGUCGGUUGUGUCAUCUGUCUCACCAUAGCUGUGGGGCUCGGCGGGUUCGCCUGGUCCGGAUUUAGCGUGAACCACCUGGACAUAGCGCCGCCUCACGCGAGCGUGCUGAUGGGUCUGUCCAACACCAUCGCGACCCUGCCCGGCAUCAUCAGCCCGCCGCUCGCCGGCAGCAUCGUCACUGACAAGACGGCGGAACAAUGGCGCUACGUGUUCUUCAUAUCGAGCGGCAUAUACCUCUUAGGCGCAGUGGUGUACGGAACUUUCGCAUCUGCCGAGCGCCAGCCCUGGGUACUGGAGUUCGAUGUUGACGCCACAUUCGAUACUGACGCCUCAUCUGUCACUACAGCCUAUGAGAACAAGACGGAGAGGAAUUCUGAGAUGUAAAAAGUGCUGCAUUGAUCUGUAGGGGUAAAGCCGCCAUCUUAUGAGUGUAAAAGUUCUAUCCUACUAGGUUUGGCCGAAAUUGCGCCGCCAUUUUGUAAAUGUUACAAUACAAUUAUUUGCAGUCCUAUUAUGAUCUAUUAGCAUCUCGCGACGCUAUCUUGUAUCAGAAAACAACGAUUGAGCUGGCAAAAAUCACACCUCCAACUUGUAAAUGUCAAAAAUUGCAAUCCUACUCUAAUUAUUAAUGAGGGUGUCGCGACGCCAUCUUGUAAAUGUCAGAGUCACAAACCUAGAUGGAUCUACAUUAUUAGCGUGGCCAAUAGGGAAUAUUACGCAAAAGUCGCAGCAGAGGGCGCUACUAGCACACACAGUAAAUAAUACGACAUGUUGCACCCGUUAUAUCAGAUUAUAGACAGAAACGUUGUGAAACGUCCAACAAAACUUUUUGGAACAAAGUUCUUUAUCGCGCGUUCGGCGUAAAUCUGAAGGCUAGACAGAACGA